UCGGGCUGGCUCUUCUGAAAUGGUCAGUGCUGGAUUUUCCUCAGCCGAUGAAAUUGAUGACAACAAGGUGGAGCACAGUGUGAGCGAAGAGGAAGUCAGCGAAGGCCGGCUCAGGAGAGAUAGACAGGAAAUCCCCUUUGUUCUGAGGAUUGAUCUGUAUCCGUAAACAAACUAAGCGAGGAAAUGAAGAUGAUCGAAGAAAUUGUCAAGUAUUUCACUCAAUGGACGCUUGAGUAUUUAUCAACUCCUCACAACACAUGCAUACUUCUACAAUAAAAAGGAGAGCACCUAUUUUACUUUUAAUGACACCUAUUUCAUCCUCAGCAAGCUCACAAGAAAUGUCUGGCCUUGGAAAAAUGACAGAACUCUGGAAAAGCUGGCUUGACUCUUUCUUCGACUAACGAUUAUAAAUGUCAGAAUGUUUAUCGCCGACCUUCUGAAAUCAGCUGUUUCAAAACAUGCCAGUAGCACAAGAACACAGAACACAUAGGAGUGAGCCACAACAGAACCAAGCGUGACAUCGUAUAGGUGUUUUGUGGCACGUCGCGAACAUGCAGGACGAAUCGGAUUCAAAAUCAGUGUCAAAAUGGACCUGGUGGUCCUCAUGGUGCCCAACUUCUGUGCAUCAGCUGAGAAAUGCUGAGACAAAGAUCCUCGACUGUGUGCAGAAUGACCUGUGGGCCCGCUAUGUCUCCCUGCCUACUCAGGACAAAAUCUGGACAGUAUCAGUGACUCACAAGACUCCCCAGGCUCUGCCGAAGCCUGCCUCUCAGACACCAUUGGUGAUGGUGCAUGGACUAUGUGGCGGUGUGGGCUUGUGGAUCCGCAACCUGGACCCUCUGUGUCGCUCUCGUCCUGUUCUGGUCUUUGACUUGCUGGGUUUUGGGCGCAGUUCCCACCCCCGCUUCCCCUCAGACCCCUCACAGGCUGAGCAGCUCUCCGUCAACUCCAUAGAACAUUGGAGGCGGGCCUUGGGUCUGGAAAGCAUGAUAUUGUUGGGUCACAGUCUGGGUGGCUACCUGGCAACAUCUUACGCCAUUCAACAUCCAGAGAGGGUGAAGCACCUCAUCUUGGUGGACCCUUGGGGGUUUGAGCACAUGCCCGAGGAUGGGAGCACAGCUUCAGCGAGGCCUGGAUGCCCUUAUUGGGUGGAGGCCCUCAUCUCUGUGGCCUCCCUCUUUAACCCACUGGCAGGGAUGAGAGCUGCAGGCCCCUUGGGGCCAACACUUAUCCAUAGAUUCAGGCCUGACAUUAAGAGGAAGUUUGAAGACAUGUUUGAUGACGAGACUAUGACGCAGUACAUAUAUCACUGCAAUGCCCAGAAGCCAAGUGGAGAGGUGGGUUUCAUGGUAAUGUCUGAGUCACUGCUUUGGGCUAAGCGUCCAAUGUUGGAGCGGGUUCACCUCCUGCCUCCCGGCCUCCCAGUGACCCUGGUCUUUGGAGCACGCUCAUGGAUGGACAGUAAGGCGGGUGACAAGGUGGCGAAGCAGAGACCCACCAGCUACACACACACUGUGGUGGUGAAAGGUGCAUCACAUCAUGUCUACGCGGAUCAGCCUGAAGAGUUUAACAGAGUGGUGCAGAGUAUCUGUGACAGUGUGGUGGAUUAAGUGCCUGUGAAUGAGUGAGUGUGUCUGUGUGUCUGUGUGUCGGUGUGUGUGUGUGUGUGUGUGUGUGUGCGUGCGCACAAGGAAGUGUACUCUUUCAAGAUAUUUUCCUCAUUUGAAAAAGAUCAUACAUUUCCCUUGCCUAACAUGAAUUCUCCUGAACUGCCAAAUAUUAUUUAUCUUUUUAAUAAAGUGGAUGUAUCAGUGUGCCGUCUACCCUUAAAUGUACCUAAAAAGAGCCAACCAGGCGAUGUACUAGUGUUAUUAUACAUUGUGACUUGACAUUGUGUUGCUAUGUCUGAGGAUGGCGAUGUCUCACCAACAACAUGAGUUGAGUAAGGGCACCUCUUUUGCUAUUUCAGUUCUAUGAUAGUCUACAUGAUAUGAAUGAUGUGUGUCGUUUUUUGAUGUGUUUGGUUUUUGCAUAUGCAACAGAUUUUGAACAAUUCCCUUUCCCGCCCUUUGCUGUAAUCUUCAUAAUGUGGACAUCCCAGCACACCUUGUGGGGUUGUUGGGUGCCACAAUCCGGACACACUCUGGUUCCACCUGGGAUGACCGCGCUGCAAAUGGCACAGUUUUUGACCAAAGAUCCUGGCAUCUGUCAAAAGCACAGAAUAGAACCAAGUAGAAUUAGGUAUAGCAUAUCAAAUCUAAAAAAAGCACUAAAAGCAGUUUAGUGACUUCAUUAUCCAUAUCACUUUUUUAACUAUUGAGUGUUAGUAAAAGAGGAGGUUAAUUAUUUGACCACCAAUUCAAAUUCAAAGUCAGUUGAAUGUUUAUGAACUAAUGAGUUUUGGAAGCUUUACACAUUAUGUGAUGUGCCUUUGUGCCAGGUGCCAUCACAAAACUGUUUCAUGGACUGGCACGAUGGCGGACUUCCAUAAACAAAAAUGUAAAUAGUUCAAAAUAAAUGUAAAUAGUCAUUG